AUGGAAGACUUGAAUGAAGGAAACGUAGGCGUGGACGAUGAGAGAACGGAGGAUUCCGGUCAUGAGGGGAGCGGGCAACGGUCUAGCCCCGUGGUGAGCAUGGAGGUAGAGGAAGAAAGCCGUGAGCGCCCAUCUUUUGAGAGUGACUCAUUGUCAAAGAGAGAGCUGUUUAAGAUCAUCGAGGACCAGGACAAGGCGAUAGCCAUGCUUCAGAGGGAAUUGGAUGGAGGAAGGAGCGCCGAUGCAAGAGAAUACAGCCCCCCGGUAAGGAAGCGUGACAUGCUCAUGGAUGAUUCGGACGUUAGUGAAUACGGGCGCCCGUACUAUGAAGGGCCGCAUGCGGAAGUUACACCACCUAGGCGCCCGGGUGUGUGGAGAGCGCCUGGUGAGUUGGUCGGCUUGGGGCCGGAGGAGCAAAACCCAUGGACGCCUAGACGCCAGACCAGGCGCUUUGGGAUCAGGCAACCCCUGGCGCAAAGUGUCCUGAUGGAACCAGCAUGA